CCUUUUAACUAAAGGACUCAGUGUCCAGUAAUCUAGCCGAGAAAUCUAAGGGGACAGCCUUGCCGCACCGCCACCAUGCCCAACUUCUCUGGCAACUGGAAGAUGAUUAAGUCGGAAAACUUCGAGGAUUUGCUCUUAGAGCUGGGGGUGAAUAUCAUGCUGAGGAAGAUCGCUGUGGCUGCAGCAUCCAAGCCAGCAGUGGAGAUCAAACAGGAAGCAGACACUUUCUACAUCAAAACUUCUACUGUGGUGCGCACCACAGAGAUUAACUUCAAGAUCGGAGAGGAGUUUGAAGAACAAACUGUGGAUGGGAGACCCUGUAAGAGCCUGGUGAAAUGGGAGAGUGAGAACAAGAUGGCCUGUGAGCAGAGGCUUCUGAAGGGAGAGGGCCCCAAGACCUCCUGGACCAGAGAACUGACCAAUGACGGAGAGUUGAUCUUGACCAUGACAGCUAACGACGUUGUGUGCACCAGGGUCUACGUCCGAGAGUGA